UAGAGAGAGAGAGAGAGAGAGAGAGAGAGGGAGGGAGAGAGAGAGAGGGAGGAGGAGGGCGAGCGAGCAGCAGCUUAGCUGUUGUUACAACAGGAACGGGCGAGCAGUCGACGAGGGGAGAGAGAGCUGUUGCCACGGGGAUUAUUACUAUGUCUGCCGCCGCGGCAACCGCCGACAGGACCUGAAGUGAGGGAGGUUGUCGGUUUGACACCGGACUGAUCCUGCAUGUGAGCAAGGCAGCGGGGAUCCAUGAGGCAGAGAAUCUGAGGAUCCCGGAGGAAGCAGUUGAUUGGUUGAUCUUUUAAGGAGGCUGGGAGGGGUUAAAGGCCAUGGCAGGCCGACUCCUCCUCUUCCUGUUUGUCUCGGCGACAUUCGGCCACGCUCACUUCCAGUCCAACCAGCGUCUUAAGCCCCGCCUCCAGAGGGACCGACGCAACAUCCGACCGAACAUCAUCCUGAUCCUGACGGACGACCAGGACCUGGAGCUCGGUUCGAUGCAGGCCAUGAAUAAGACUCGGCGCAUCAUGGAGGAGGGCGGGACUUCUUUCUCCAACGCCUUUGUGACCACGCCCAUGUGCUGUCCGUCACGUUCGAGCAUGCUCACAGGGAAGUACGUCCACAAUCACAACACCUACACCAACAACGAGAACUGCUCCUCCAUGUCCUGGCAGCGGCAGCACGAGCCGAGGAGCUUCGGGGUCUAUCUCAACAACACUGGAUACAGGACAGCGUUCUUCGGGAAGUACCUGAAUGAGUAUAACGGCACGUACGUCCCCCCCGGCUGGAGGGAGUGGCUCGGUUUGGUGAAGAACAGUCGCUUCUACAACUACACACUGAGUCGCAACGGAGUCCGAGAGAAACACGGAGCGCAGUACCCACAGGACUACCUGACCGACCUCAUCACAGCCGAGUCGAUCCGAUACUUCCGCUUCUCGAAGCGGGUCUAUCCUCACCGCCCGGUUCUGAUGGUUCUGAGCCACGCAGCGCCGCACGGCCCCGAGGACUCAGCGCCUCAGUACAGCACGGCCUUCCCCAACGCAUCACAGCACAUAACUCCCAGUUAUAACUACGCUCCGAACCAGGACAAGCACUGGAUCAUGCGUUACACUGGAGCCAUGAAGCCGAUCCACAUGGAGUUCACCAACAUGCUGCAGAGGAAACGACUGCAGACGCUUCUGUCUGUGGACGACAGCAUGGAGAAGCUGUACAACAUGCUGGUGGAGACGGGCGAGCUGGAGAACACGUACAUCAUCUACACGUCGGACCACGGCUACCACAUCGGACAGUUCGGCCUCGUCAAAGGUAAAUCCAUGCCGUACGAGUUUGACAUCAGGGUCCCUUUCUUCAUCAGAGGACCGAACGUGGAGCAAGGCAGCAUUAACCCUCACAUGGUGCUGAACAUCGAUCUCGCUCCGACCAUCCUGGACAUCGCCGGCCUCGACACUCCUCCGGACAUGGACGGGAAGUCGAUACUGUCUCUACUGGACACUGACAAAACUGCCAACAGGUUUCAAGUGAACAAAAAGACGAAGGUGUGGAGAGAUUCCUUUCUGGUGGAGAGAGGGAAGCUGCUCCACCAGCGAGUGGAGGGAAAGGAAGUGACCCAGGAGGAGAACUUCCUGCCCAAACACCAGCGAGUCAAAGAUCUGUGUCAGAGAGCCGAGUACCAGACGCCCUGUCAGCAGAGUGGACAGAAGUGGCAGUGUGUGGAGGACGCUACGGGUAAACUACGACUCUUCAAGUGUAAGAGCGAAGGGGGAGGAGCAAAGAGCUUCCAGAGGGGUGUGACUGAUCAUCAGCGGCCAAUCAGCAUCAAGUCUCAGCUGUACCAUCGCAACUCAGACGCUUGUGACUGUGACCUCAGUGACCUUCGACCUCUGAACCCGCGACCCUCCAUCAUGAGGCCGUUCAACAACAAACCGUUCUUCUCCAAGAAAAAGUUCAAAGCCCUGAAGAGUUACUCCAGGAACCGUUACACUCGAUCCAUAUCCAUGAUGAACAGUUACCCUGGUAAUCAGAGUCAGGUGGGCGGGGCCGACGAGGACGAGUCCAGCGGAAUGGGAGGAGCCCCCGGUGUCGUGGUCCCGCCCAACUCCAUCAAAGUUACGCAAAGAUGUUUGAUUCUGUCCAACGCCUCAGUGAAGUGUGACACCGGAGUCUAUCAGUCGCUUCAGGCCUGGAAGGAUCACAAGCUGCACAUCGACCACGAGAUUGAGACCCUGCAGACGAAGAUAAAGAACCUCAGAGAGGUCAGAGGUCACUUGAAGAAGGCCCGCCCCCUGGAGUGUGACUGUAAUAAAUACCUGUUUAAAUCCAAACUGAAGAACAAGCUGAGGUUCCGCGGCGGCGGCGUUCACCCGUUCAGGAAGGGCGGGGGUCGGGACAAGAAGGCGUGGCUUCUGAAGGAGCAGAAGAGGAGGAAGAAGAUGAGGAAAAUUAUCAAGAGGAUCAAGAACAACGACACGUGUUCGAUGCCCGGACUCACGUGCUUCACACAUGACGACCAGCACUGGCACACUGCCCCCUACUGGACACUGGGUUCUUUCUGUGCAUGCACCAGCGCCAACAACAACACUUACUGGUGUCUGAGGACCAUCAACGAGACGCACAACUUCCUGUUCUGUGAGUUUGCCACCGGCUUCCUGGAGUAUUUCGACCUCAACAUCGACCCAUACCAGCUGAUCAACGCCGUCAGCUCUUUAGAUCGGACGGUUCUCAACCGGCUCCAUGUUCAGCUGAUGGAACUCAGAGGCUGCAAGGGACACAAGCAGUGUAAUCCACGCACACGCUCAGUGGAGCCGGCAGAAGGACGAGAACAUGGCAGCUUCGAUGACUACAGGGUGUUUGAGAGAAGGAAGUGGCCGAGAGUCAAGAAACCUUCAUCAUCUCGAACCCUUGGUCCGAUCUGGGACGGAUGGAAAGGUUAAGAGCCUCCUGAUUGGUUGGAGCAGGCUCCCUGGCCCCGCCUGCAGCAACCUGAGGGACCUCAACCAAUCAGCUUCUGCCAUUUCUGUGACAUCGCUAGGCCCUCCCACCCUGCUGCUCAGGGAGACGCGACAACGCACCUCUUCAUCAGCUGCUGCUCCUCAUCCUGCUCAGACCCCCCCCCCCACCCUUAUGCCCCACCCCCAACUCCCAUCCCCUACCUCUGCUCUGAGGAGGAUGAGGAGGAUGAUGAGGAUGAGGAGCAGAGGCCAAUAAAGUUGUAACAAAUAGAAACAGAACAAACACUCCUCCUCCUCCUCCUCCUCCUCCUCCUCCUCCUCCUCCUCCUCCUCCUCCUCCUCCUCUUCAGGGGACCUCCCAGCGGCCAUAUUUGUUUGACAUGUUCAUAUUUAGUCUCUAACAGCGUGUAAAGACGAUGAAGGACCAGUUCGUCCUGUUUUUGUUGUGAAACUCCGACGGACACAGAAGCAGACAAACGUCCAACACUGUGACAUCACCGCCAUGUAAAUGUGAUGUCAUCUCUUCUUUUUCUUUAUUCUUCCAUUAACUUGAGCAUUGGUUACCGUGGUUGUACUAACAUCUGGUGACUGGCUUCAUGUCCCAAGAUGCAACACGGCGACGAGGACAUUUUGGAGCAAGAGAAAGAACAAGGACAAAAACAGAUUAAAGACAUGGGGAGUUCGAAAGUCUCCUGAGCCAAUCAAAAGAGGACUACAUGAUGAUGUCACUGCAUCAAGAAGUUGUCACAGCUGUUUAGUGAAUGAAAACUAGAGGAAAUUUCUUUCACUGUAAAUCAUCACAUUAUUUUAAAUUCUUUAACCAUCAAACCUCACCGUCCAAUCACAUCGUUCCUUCUCAGUUCACUUGUCUUCUCGGAUUAUUAUAAUAAUUAUAAUCCUUUCUUUAUUUUUAACUUUGAAUUUCUGCCGUCACCUCAAACAAACCACUGGUCAGAAAUAUCCAGAGUUAAAAAUAAAUAAUGAAAAUGUAAAAUAAAACUGUAGAAAAAGAAAAACUGGAUUCACACAAGAAGAGAAAAUAAGAAUUUAAACUUAAAGCAAGACACAGAUCUGGUCAUCAGAAAUAAAGAAUAUAUAAAUGUUUAAAUACAUAAUAAUGGGGUCAGAUCAUCUAGUAUCUCGGAUACUUUCGCAUUGUUAAAUUCCAUCUAAAUAUCUGACUGAUUUACAGAUGAAGUGUUAAUUCUGCCCGUUCUUUGUUAAUGCAACUUUUUAUAAUUUUCUACACUUCCCAGAAUGCCAUUCAGCAGGUGUAUAUAUUGUCACCGGAUGGGGGGGGGGAGCACAUGUUGUUGCUGGUGGUUAUUUCCUGGUUUGGCAGAAGGAAGAGAAACUUUUUGGAUUAAUGAAACGAGCUCCAUCGAUUUGCAGAUUCUUAAAAAGAACAAAGUAAAACACGACUCAAACAAAAACGUCUCCUCGUCCGACUCGGUGGUUUUUGGGUAAAUCCUGUAAAUAAAGAAGAACGACACACCUGCUCCAUUUUGUACAAAAAUUUGACUAAAAUAUAUAAAGUGCAAAUAUUUUGACUUUUUAGUUUGGUCCAUGUCCGACCUACUAACAUGGAGGAGAUGGAGGUUAUAACCUAUACUUCAGCCAGCCACCAGGGGGUGAUCCAGAUGAUUUGGAUUCACUUUUGGGAGCUGUCAUGUCGUCCAUCUUUAUAUCGAUGGUUGUUUCCUCUCACGCAGCCACACAGACUUCACUGAGAUGCUGCCUGUUCAUUUGAAUCUGGUGAAACAGAUUCAGGUCCCGUCGGAUGUCAAACAUCACGAGGACCUGGAGUUUAUCUCCUGUCUCCUUCUCUUUAGCUUUACAUAGAAAGCUAGCAUGGCACGUUACAGCAAAGUAUCAGGGUUCAAAUCACCUGAACAUCACACACGUUAAAAAACCAAGGGGCAGUAAAACCUCUCAUCGCGUCCAACUUCCGCUCCGAUGCUCUCAUCCGUCUGAGCAACUCACGAAGACGCCUCCUCCCGGGCGGAUUAGACCCGAUCUCUGAAAAGUCGUACAUCGUACUUAUUCACAUUCUCGAAUCACAUUCAAUUUUGGUUGUCCACAAUGUCUGAAAUUUCCAAGAAGCUGAAAACACAAGUUCACAGAUGCGUCGACCAAGUCUGUGUUGUUUUUAAUUUCUUCUAUUAGUUUCCGACAGACUAGAUACAGGAAGUGCACUGUCGCCUCCUGCUGGUUAAAAACAUAAUUUGCGGGGGAAGUGAAGUCUGAUCACGUAGAGAAACGUCAGGUGUGAACUGACGAACUGGAUGACCAGACACAAGUGUGAACAGGUGUGAACGGAUCCACACAUGAGUUUUGAGUUGGUUUAGAGGUUGAGAACAAUGUUAACGUCACGCUUUGGUUUUAUGUGUCUGCAGAAACAACCUUUUGUGGGAUGUUGACGCCUCUUGUGGUUAAUUUCCUCUUCUAUUGUGUUUAGAUUUCAGAGUUUCUCACCCUUCAACUGACUGAUGCCAAAAUCCGACAUUUCUUAUUGUUUCAUUUAAUGUUUUCUACGAUUAAAUUCCGCCAGAGCUCGUUGUUGAUCCAUAGGGGGAAGAAACACGACACCACACAGCCGUCAUCACAACAUUGUGUAUUUUUCUAAGUGUAAAAGUGUUUGAGCGUGACUCCUCCUUCCUGCGUGAAUGCAGCUAACCCGUCUGCUGUCUGUCUGCAGAGUUUUAUAUUCCCACCUCAGAUGUAUUUCGCUCUGCGGUGCUAUUUGCUGUCUAACAACUAUCUAGGAAAAACCUCCUGGUUGUGUUUGAAUGUAUUUGUAAAUGUUUAGGUGUGUUUUUUUUUUUUUUAAGAUGAGCACUCGGACCCGGGCCCAGUGAGACUGGACCGACUUGCACACACACACAGACACACACACACACACACUGAAGGACAAACUGCUGAGCACUUUGAUUGGAGGAUGGAGGGAUGAACGGACCAAUGGAGGGUUCAUGGUGACACUUGAUGAUGCAGCCAGUGAUACUGAUCUAACACACCUGUACAUUCACCCACUGACCUGUGGAAACAGUGAUUGGUUAUAGUUUGUGAAUAAAGUGUUGAAUGCCAAACUGAA